AUGGUGUUGAAGGGCUCUUCCUUUGCUGCGGGUGUAUGGGCAAACGCUGCCGUCCUAGUGGAUAAACCCCAGGACUGGACCUCCUUCGAUGUCUGCGGCAAGCUUAGAGGCGCCCUCAAAGUAAAGAAGGUAGGGCAUGCGGGGACCCUUGACCCCAUGGCGACGGGGUUGCUAAUCAUCUGCACGGGCCAGGGGACGAAGCAAAUAGACGAUUUUGUGGCGAUGGAGAAGGCCUAUUCUGGCACGCUGCGACUGGGGCAGGCAACGCCAUCAUACGACGCCAUGUCUGAGAUCGAGGAGGAACUUCCCUGGGAGGACAUCACAGAUGAGGAUUUGGAGGCGGCCAAGGAGGCCUUUGUUGGGGACAUCCUACAGCAGCCACCCAUGUUCUCAGCCAUCAAGAUCAAGGGGGAGAGGCUGUACAAGGCAGCCAGGAGGGGAGAAGUUGUAGAGAGGCAGUCACGGCCGGUGACAAUACACAGCUUUGAGCUGCAGCGGGACGAGAGCAACAGACAAGAUGUGCACUUCAAAGUAACCUGCAGCAAAGGCACCUACAUCCGCUCACUAGCCCAUGACCUGGGCAAAGCAGUGGGCAGUGCAGCGCAUCUGACUGCCCUGAGAAGGGAGAGCAUAGGGGAGCACAGUGUGGCAGAUGCAUGGAGCGUGCUAGAUCUGGUGGCUGCUGCACAGGCCGCUCGGCAAAGUUAG